AAUUACUGCUCGGGUGCAUGAUGGUCGGGGACUCGCCGCAGCAUUACGUGUACAAGAUGGCGGCGUGGCCGGCUGUGCUUCUAGUCCUCAAUGUUGUAUUGUUACUUGCUGAAUUUACGUUUUCCGAAAACAUAUUGGGAGUAGAUGAUGGUGAAUUCGAUUUUGACGGGCUUCCAGGCGCACAACAUGAAUUCAAAAUUGAGAUAGCUGCAGGCGGAGAUCAGUGCUUCUACCAAAAAAUUAAGAAGGGAUCCGAAUUGCAUGUGUCUUUUGAGGUCCUCCGUGGUGCUGACCGAAAUGUCGACUGCAUCAUCAAGGAUCCGAACGGCCUAGUGAUAGAGAGCCAUCAGUGGAAAAACGAGGGACAGUCGGAAAGAAACAUAGAUAUAGAAGGUGUUUACGAAUUCUGUAUAGACAAUAGUUUUAGCCGCUUCUCGACAAAGCUGGUCUAUUUUUACUUGGUCACCUACUCCGUGAAGGAUUGGGAAAAGUACGCCAAAGAUGUGGAGAAUCUGGAAAUGCAUAUAGGAAAUUUUUCUGUUUCCAUCCAAAAAGUUGACAAAUCGAUCAACAAGAUGUUGCGCUACCAGGCAGGCAGCCGCAAGCACUUGGUCGCAGACUGGUACCUCGUCAUCGGGAAUAACAACUUCAUCCAGUAUUGGUCCAUCCUGGCGUGUGUUGUAAUCGCGUGUACAUCUGGCUUCCAAGCAUUUUUUGUCAGGAGGCUCUUCACGACAAAAAACGUCACGCCGACGGACAAGCCGAGGGCUUAAUAGUGGUUCUUUACGUUGCUUUUGAGUUUUAUAUUUUGAUUUUUAUUAAUAAAAUCUUGGAUGUGCCGAA